AUGCGAGAUACCACGAAGCGGUUGUGUGUCUGCUUCAAGCCGACCAGUGGCUUGAAGAGGAGUCCCGCGGCACCGUACUUGGGCCCAGAGUCUGCCUUAAGAAAGUACGGGCCGUACCUGACGCUGAGUCACGGCUGGGGUCAGAAUGCAAAUAUCGUUCGUAGGACUGCUGGAGGAAAUUUGGAGAUCCCCUUAAAGAACUUGCCACGGACGUCCAAAGACGCGAUAACGGCCACGAGGAGACUAGGCUUUACGUACCUCUGGAUUGACUCGCUCUGCAUCAUCCAGGGCGAUAAAAUUGACUGGGAACGUGAAAGUGUCAACAUGGCAAGCAUCUAUUCAAAAGGCAUCCUGAACCUUGCAGCGACCUAUUCCUCAGACAGCCAUGGAGGUCUGUUGUUAGAACGGAACCAGCACCACGUCACCUCGUGUUCCUGGAAGCAGCAGAUUGACCCAGUAUCCUCGCGCAACCUCUGGGGAGACUGGAUGCAAUCUAGACAAGUUUGCUGGACCUUUGAUCCCCAGUCCGAAUUUGACGAGCUAGGUCUCAGAAGGCCCUUGCCACUCACCAGCAGAGGUUGGGUGUUACAGGAGAAUGUGCUCUCACCGAGGACAGUGUACUUUCUUCCAGGGGAGAUCAUCUGGGAAUGCCGAGAACUGUCAGCUAAAGAAUCAAUCUACUGUCGUCCAGUCGGGCAACCUCAACAGUUUAGGGGAAAAUUUGCCUCGUCGCCCGAGACAGUCCCAGUGACGCGCAACGGCCCUAAGAACUCUUUGAGAACUGACUCAGGCGACUCAGGUGGCCAGGAAACUACCUCAAAGUUAACGAGUGGUGCAACGUCUAACCAAAAGCCCCCAAAAGAAAACUUAACCAGAUCGGAGGAUCGGCUGCCGGCUAUUUGGGCGCUGGCACAGAAAUUUCAAGAGAUGACAGGCGACGAAUACCUUUCCGGACUCUGGAAAGAUGAUAUCCUUACUGGCCUCCUUUUCAAGAGAUUCCAGCCGCGACCUGGAUGUCACACGAAGAAAACCCGCGGUGGUCGUCGUGGUCUUGGGCGUCUACAGAAUGCCGAGUGGAGUUUGAACGUGCCACUCCGCCCCCGUCCAGCUCUUCUGUGGAGAUGGACCGGCUUCCAGACGCAUCCUUACAAAGGUUUGUCAUUGAUCCAACUGAGCCCCGGUAUCUACCCAUGGGCCGGACACGUCGAGCGGAGCUAG